GCACCAGGUUUUGUUGGAACACGCCGGCAAGACGCCUCUUCAGUUGUCUGCUCCUCAGAGGGAAAAGGCGGUUGGUGUGGCCUCCAUUGUUCGGGACUUUAGGCGCCAUGAGGGGUGAUAGAGGCCGAGGUCGUGGUGGGCGCUUUGGUUCCAGAGGAGGCCCAGGAGGAGGGUUCAGGCCCUUUGUUCCACAUAUCCCAUUUGAUUUCUAUUUGUGUGAAAUGGCCUUCCCCCGUGUCAAGCCAGCAGCUGAUGAGACUUCUUUCAGUGAGGCAUUGCUGAAGAGGAAUCAGGACCUUGCCCCUAAUUCUGCUGAACAGGCCUCUAUCCUUUCUCUGGUGACAAAAAUAAACAAUGUGAUUGAUAAUUUGAUUGUGGCUCCUGGAACAUUUGAAGUGCAAAUUGAAGAAGUCCGACAGGUAGGAUCAUAUAAAAAGGGAACAAUGACUACAGGACACAAUGUGGCCGACCUGGUGGUAAUAUUAAAGAUCUUGCCAACAUUGGAAGCUGUUGCUGCCCUGGGGAACAAAGUUGUGGAAAGCCUAAGAGCACAGGACCCUUCUGAAGUUUUGACCAUGCUGACGAACGAAACUGGCUUUGAAAUCAGUUCUUCUGAUGCUACAGUGAAGAUUCUUAUUACAACAGUGCCACCAAAUCUCCGAAAACUGGACCCUGAACUCCAUUUGGAUAUCAAAGUGUUGCAGAGUGCCUUAGCGGCCAUUCGACAUGCCCGCUGGUUUGAGGAAAAUGCUUCUCAGUCUACAGUUAAAGUUCUCAUCAGACUGCUGAAGGACCUGAGAAUUCGUUUUCCUGGCUUUGAGCCUCUUACACCUUGGAUCCUUGACCUACUCGGGCAUUAUGCUGUGAUGAAUAACCCCACUAGACAGCCUUUGGCCCUAAAUGUGGCAUACAGACGUUGCUUGCAGAUUCUGGCUGCAGGACUAUUUCUGCCAGGUUCAGUGGGUAUCACUGACCCCUGUGAGAGUGGCAACUUCAGAGUACACACAGUCAUGACUCUGGAACAACAGGAUAUGGUCUGCUACACAGCUCAGACUCUGGUCCGAAUCCUCUCACAUGGUGGCUUUAGGAAGAUCCUUGGCCAGGAGGGUGAUGCCAGCUAUCUCGCGUCUGAAAUAUCUACCUGGGAUGGGGUGAUAGUGACACCUUCAGAAAAGGCUUAUGAGAAGCCACCAGAGAAAAAGGAAGGAGAAGAGGAGGAAGAGAAUACAGAAGAACCACCUCAAGGAGAGGAAGAGGAAAGCAUGGAGACUCAGGAGUGACCUUCCCUUCAUUCCCUAUUCUCCCCAAGGGGAAGACUGGAGCCUAAGCUAGCAGCUGCUAUGCUUAUGCUGGCAUUUCUGUGGAUUAGGGAAGAUGCAGGAAGGAAAACAAACUAUAAAAGGAAAUGUCAUUCCUCUGAGUUUUGAUACUGGCUGAGUAGCCAGAUGUUUCCCAUUUAUAACCUGUACCAUCCAUCUAUAAUGAAGCAAGAUACCAACAUUUCUUCCUAAUACUCUAGAACCCCCACUCCUGAAUAACCCUCUCAACCAAUACUUUGUUGAAAUGUUGUGAACUCUUAGUGUCUGAAAAUUUUUUUUUUUUUUUUUUAAGAAAAACAAUUAAAAUACUUCCUAGUAGGA